AUGGAUGUUGGAUAUAUCUGCUGGGGAAGAGAGGUAGGCGCUAGUGGGACCCCCCACCUCCAGGGAUUCGUCCAAUUUAAGAAGAGAAUCAGGAUGACUGCUCUUAAGAAAAUAAAGCCAUUCGACCGCGCUCAUCUUGAGAAAAGGCGAGGAACUGCUCCCGAAGCAAGAGAUUACACGGCAAAAGAUGACGAGGAGACUUGGUACGAGAGAGGGUUCAUGUCACAAGAAGGUGUUGGACAGUUACAGAACUUAACUGACAUGGCAUUGAAAGGCCAUAACGCUGAGGAUCUGUAUGAUCAAGACGGAGGGUGCUACGUCGCACAUAAAAGAAAAAUCGACGAAGCAGUGGGAGCAAUAAAACAAUGUCAGGAAAAGAAGAGACUGAAGACAGCCAUGAGCGAGGGCAACGUAGAGCUGAAAACUUGGCAGGAUUGGGCGGUCCACCACUAA